UAAUCUCCAGAAAUGGCCCGUUUGCUCUUUGAACGUAGCGGGGGUCAAUGGGGAUCCAUACCUCUGGCAAUUGGCUUGUUCAUCUCUGUAUCAGCUCUUGUUGCCUUGUGUGCGAAGCAAACUCGCAGCCGUGCUGUACACAAGUCGGAGGAGAAGAGAAUAGGUUCAAAGUUUGCGCCCACAUCGCCCUUGGUUAAGCCUGGUAAACAACUCGUGACAAACAUCAGUAACAAGGCAAUUCAAUUAAUCCACAAAAAGAGGGCUGAUACUGUUGAUGAAAGUCAUGAGGUGGGAAUAGCAGACAAAGAGGAAGGAGAAGGCGUGUGGCGAAAAGGUAUCUUGAUGGGGGAGAGAUGCCAGCCACCUGAAUUUUCAGGUGCCAUCUUUUAUGAUAAUUAUGGAAAUCUGCUAUCAGAGCCACCACCAAGGUCUCCCAGGGCUAGUCCCCUUCCAAAUUUUAUGCUUCCUGUUGCUAGAGAUGCAAACUAGCUUUCUUUCUUUUCUUUUCUUUUUUUUUUUUUUUUUUUUUUUGGUAUAAACUAUACAUGAACAUUAAUAUCCAUUAAGAGUGUCUCUUUCUUUAUUAUUGUCAUUUUUACUUAUGAUUUUAAUCAUGGUUUAAUCUCUUUCCAUGAAUAAGGGAUGAUUUAUUAC